AUCAAGGUAACAGAAACAUUAUUAAAAAAAAAAAAAAUCUUUAAGGGUUGGUGCACAAGCACAGGAAAUGGCAACCGAAUCAUACUUCUCUAUUUUCACUUAAGAAAUGUGCGCCGGUAAUGAGUUUUGAGAACAGGAAAGAUCCUGGACUGUUGUGUAUUGAGGGUGCAGCUAACUAGUCAUCAAAACCCAGACUGAGCACAGAAAGAAGAAUUAUCCGACAGUUAUAUUUGAGAUGGAAAAGACCAGUGUUACAGAGUCCAUGGAAAUGGAAUCAAGUACUCUCCACAACACCAUAAACAACACCUGUGACCUGUAUCAGCAUCGCAGUAUUGCAAGGAUUCUGAUACCCCUGCAUUACUCCAUCGUUUUCAUAAUAGGGUUAAUUGGAAAUGCACUGGCUCUGCAUGUCAUCCGUCCCAACUUAAAAAAAAUGAACUCUACUACCUUAUAUUCGACCAAUCUCGUCAUCUCCGAUAUUCUUUUCACCUUGUCUCUGCCUUUGCGCAUAGUGUACUAUGCAAUGGGCUUUCACUGGGUGAUGGGGGAUGCAUUGUGCAGGAUUACCAGUCUGAUAUUCUACAUCAACACAUAUGCUGGUGUCAAUUUCAUGACUUGCUUGAGUGUUGACCGGUUUAUUGCUGUGGUACUGCCUCUCCGCUUCAGUCAGUUCCGGAAAGUUCACAAUGUCAAAUACAUCUGCAUGUUUGUGUGGUUGAUAGUAUUGGCUCAGACACUACCAUUACUCACAAUGUCUCUCUCCAAAGAAGUCGAAGGGGGUUACAUAACCUGCAUGGAAUACCCAAACUUUGAAAUAAUACCAAACCUGCCUUAUAUGCUUCUGGGUGCAGUGUUUCUAGGAUACGUUAUUCCAGUGGUAACCAUCUUGGUUUGCUAUUCUGGAUUAUGUUGGAAACUGCAAAUCUCUACAAAACAAAAACAAUUUGCUGAUAAAUCUGGGAGGAACAAAAAGGCCACUCGCGUCAUCUUUUUUGUGACUCUUGUGUUUGUAAUAUGCUUCAGUCCCUACCAUAUUGACAUUGUGCAGCAUAUGAUUAAAAAAUUGAGUUAUGAUCCCAGUUGUUCGGAACAAUAUGCCUUUCAACUGUCCCUUCAUUUCACGGUGUGUCUGAUGAAUUUCAACAGCUGCAUGGACCCAUUUAUCUACUUCUUUGCCUGCAAAGGCUACAAGAGAAAAAUCAUGAAAAUAUUGAAACGACAGGUCAGUGCCUCCUUCUCCAGCGUGGUCAAGACUUCUCCAGAUGGCUCCACACGGGAAAUAAUCGAUAACAAAAUAGUUUUAGUGACAUUAAAUAGUCAUAAAAAUAAGUCCCAGAACAGUGGCAAGUUAGAAACAAAUACCACUGUGGAGGAUUUUACAAACACAGAGUUUCAGGGUCAAGGUGUUUCUUAAAAGGAGAAAUCCCAAGAACGUUUCUGAAAGCAAAAUUCAACCAGAAAAACAAAUGUCCAGCAGUGAGCAGUGUCAAUCUGCCUUCUCCUGACUACACACAGGCAGCUUUACAAUUAAAAUCUGAGAUUGCUGAGUAAUGUGCCACUAAAUAUUUGCUAUUACAAGAGAUGCAUCCAACUCUCAAUAAAAUAAAAUUGAAUGUUUUCCAUUUGUUGUACAGUGGUGAAGCUUAUAUCUAGUUAUAAAAGCAUUGUUUAGUCUUUCCAUUUUUGGGGGUAACAAUUACAUUGUAUAAAUAUUAAAUACACUGUAUUUUAUUUUUUUUUUUAUUUUUAGGAAGACUAAUUAUAGCUUUGUUUAAAAGUAUUCUUGAAAUUAAAGCCUUUCACACAGGCUGGCUAAAAAAUAUAUAAGCAAAACAUAAUUCAAGUUUAGGGGUUUCUAAUUUCUGCUUGAAUCUUGAACAACAAUGGUGUUGGGAAUGUGAACCAGCAACACCUUUUUCCUUCUAGCUUUAAAAACGGGAAGUCAAUUAAUUCAGUAACUUUUUAUCAAAACAUGAACUGUGUUCAGUAAAAAUGACAAAAUUAUGUAUUUCCUUAGCACAUAUAAGGAACGUUAGCCAGUUGCAUAAAACACCUUAAACGUGUCUUGAGAUUAAGGGUGUUGUAAUGAACACAUUUAUCCGUCAAUGCUGUACUUGUUUCUAAGAAAAAAUGCCAUGUCUUAUGUAUAUACAAUAGCUAACUGUUAGAUUGAGCACCGUCAAAAGACUGACCUUUUAGUGCUUUAACAGCCACAUCAGUACAGUUUGCAUCUAUCAGAGUACUGGAGUUUACAAACGUAGUACUUUAUUAUAACUUCAGCAACAAUUUAACCAGGUAAAACCUAUAUUUUAGCUGCUACCAUCACAGUAAAACGUAAUUUACUGAAAAGCCUCAAGAUAAUCUACCGGUAAUGUAAUCUUAAUAGUAACUUCUUUUGUAUAUAUUGUUUGUCCUUUUUAUACCUGCAUGUACAUUAUUUGCAUUAAAAGAGUUUGCUGCUUGUUUUCAAAGUUUACUGUAUAAAUUACACAUUUUUUGCAUGCUCUACCCUGCAAAAAAUGUAUAAACUAUGUGAAAAGUUGUGCAAUACUGUGCUGUUUUCAGUUCACUGCAAUUCCUCUGUUAUAUGUAUUAACAAAAAAGUCGUUCAAACUGGAAAACUAGAAAAACUGCAUUUUACAUCCUGUGUCAGACACGAAACACAAGAUACAAUUCUCAGAAAUAUGGUUAUCAUUAAAAGCAAAUGACACUGGAGGUGUGAGGUGGUGUUGGCUUAAACCACAGAGUUGACACAGUUAAAGGUUGAAAACAUAACAUUUAAAAAACACAGCUAAAACCUUGCUGCUUUGAAUCUUCUGUUCUUCGUGUUUGAGUCGGCAUUUCCAUGGCUACCAGGAGAUCCCUGAUUUGCUGCAAGAAGCUUUUUUUUCUAUCAGCUUUGUUUAGGAUGUCUGUAAAAUGUAAUUUAACCCUUCAAAAUUUUUUUUUUUUUUUCAAAAUCUCCAGUGUGUCCCCCUGCAAUAGGAGUGAUUUGUUUUCCGAAAUUGCACACUGGUCAAAUUCAAACCACUGAAACUAUAUACUACUGUACUUAGAAAUCUGUCUAUAAAAUGGAGCAACUGAUGCAGGGGGACCUUCCAUUGGGUUUUGCUCGGUCUGAGACAAACAACAUUUAAAAAAAAAAAAAAAGGAGGGUAUGGUAGAAGCUAACUUUUGUUAAGUUGUGGAGUUCUCAGGCCUGCCACUUUUCAUUUCAGAAUCCUGUUUUAUUUACGAUCACUCAUCUAUUUAAAGCUACUGUUAGUAUUAUCAAGCAGUGCAUUGGUGUCCUUGUUGAUUCUAGGUAAAAAUAUCCACAGCACCUGAAACACCGGACCACUGCCAGUUUAGGUGUGGUAAAAUCUACUGUCAAUAUUACAAGAGUUAAUUCCUAAAUGUUAACAUACAUUUUACACAGUA